UUUACAAUCUCUAUGAGGCAAUGUAUUAUAUUUUUGUACUUUUUCAGAUAUUUUGAUAAAAUCCACUUCUGUGCCUAUGUAUCUGAUGUGAUAUCGUGUGAACCACGUGGUGAUGGUAUAUCGAGUCAAGAAAACCUUUUAGAGAAUAUUGUAUUAAGGAUAAGUGUAUGGGUUGUAGCUGUUCUUGCCUGUGCUGGAAAUAUCAUUGUUCUCUUGGGUCGUUUUCUUUUAAAAGAAGACAACCAAAUCCAUUCAUUUUUCAUUAAAAACUUAUCCUUUGCUGAUAUGAUCAUGGGUGUUUAUUUGUUGAUGAUCGGUACCAGGGAUAAAAUGUAUCGGGGAAAUUAUGUUCUUCAUGAUGAAGAAUGGAGGAAUAGCUGGACUUGCGAUCUUUCUGGAAUUAUAAGUACAGUUAGCAGUGAAGUGUCAGUGUUAACACUAACUGUAAUAACACUAGAUAGAUACAUAUGUAUCAUGUAUCCACUAUCAUUAAGGAAAAGAGGAUUAAAGGUAGCCUAUUGUGUAAUGGGAUUUACGUGGUUAAUGUGUAUAUUGUUUGCAGUGAUACCUGUAAUUGGUAUACCAUAUUUUGGAACCACUUUUUAUCGUAAUAACGGUGUGUGUAUACCUUUACAUCUUCACGACCCAAGAGCUAAUGGCUGGGAAUACUCGUCAUUUCUGUUCAUUGGAAUGAAUUUAGCAUCGUUUCUAUUUAUAUCCUAUGCAUAUCUUGCUAUGUUUGUGUCUAUAAAACACACUGAAGUACCUUUAAGGACAACAAGAGAGAGUCGUGAAAGAUGUUUAGUGAAAAGAUUUUCAUUUAUUGUGAUCACAGACUUUAUAUGUUGGAUACCUAUAAUUAUUAUUAAAGUUGUAGCACUUUCAGGAGUCAAGAUAUCAGGAGAUCUGUAUGCGUGGGUUGUGGUGUUUAUAUUACCAGUCAAUAGCGCAUUAAAUCCACUUUUAUAUACUUUAACCACAAAAUUAUUCAAACAAAAACUUAUUUCUAAAUUUGCUACAGUUGUAUGGAGACCAAAUAUUUAUAGAGAUUCUUCACAAUCUUGCGCCAGACACACUUUAACCAGACAUCAUCAAAAUGGAAUUGAGGUAAGUAUUAAUGAUGUCUGUAAUAGCUAA